AUGAAGCCGCUGGAGAAGUUGCUGAAGAAGCCGGGCUCGCACCUGCCCGCCCGCCCCGCCGCCGCGCCGGGACCGGGGCCGGGGCCGGGAUCGGGACCGGGGCCGCGGCGGCAGAGCCUGUCGCGGCCGCCCGCCUCCCCCGAGGAGCCGGCGGGGCCGGCGGGGCCGCAGCCGGGGGGCGAGGGCCGCUGGCUGGAGCUGCGGCCGCCCGAGGCGCCGCUCCGCUCCCCCGAGGAGCCGUCCCCGGGCGGCGACCGCCACCGCGACCGGGACCGGGACCGGGAGCCGCCGAGCCCCGAGCCGCCGCCCGCCGCCCGCUGCUGCUGCGGCUGCGGCUGCGCCCCCGCCGCGCCCGCGCCCCCCGAGCGGCUCCUGACCGCGCUCCUCGAGCGGCUGCCGGCGGGCGGCGGGCCCGGCCGCGGCUGCGGAGCAGAGUCGCUGCUGGAUGACAUUGUGCUCACCCACUCGCUCUUCCUGCCCACCGAGCGCUUCCUGCAGCAGCUGCACCAGCACUUCGUGCUGGCGGCCGGCAGCCCCCCGCCGCGCUGGGAAGAGGGGGCCGGGCUGCGGCGCAAGCGGGCAGUGCUGGCCGUGCUGCUGCAUUUCCUCGAGACCUACAAGGGGCUGCUGCAGGAGGAGGAGAGCGCCGGGAAGGUGAUCAAGGAGCUCUACCUGCUCAUCAUGAAGGACACGUCCCUCUACCACGACCUGGAGGAUGAGAUCCUCAAGCUGCACCAGCUCGUGGAGACCGUGGAGCUCAAGGUGGCCGACGAGACGCCCCCCCCGAACAAGCAGGUGAAGCCGCUGUUCAGGCACUUCCGCCGCAUCGACUCGUGCCUGCAGACGCGGGUGGCUUUCCGGGGCUCCGACGAGAUCUUCUGCCGCGUGUACAUGCCCGACCACUCGUACGUCACCAUCCGCAGCCGCCUCUCGGCCUCGGUGCAGGACAUCCUGGCCUCCGUCACCGAGAAGCUGCAGUACUCGGAGGAGCAGAGCGCCCGCGAGGACGCCCUCAUCCUCGUCACCAUGGCCUCGUCCGGAGAGAAAGCGGUGCUGCAGCCCAGCGAGGAGUGCGUCUUCACCACCCUGGGCAUCAACAGCCACCUCUUCGCCUGCACCAGGGACACCUUCGACUCCCUGGUGCCGCUGCCCGAGGAGAUCCAGGUGGUCCCUGGGGACACGGAGAUCCACCGCGCAGAGCCGGAGGAGAUCGCCAACCACCUCACCGCCUUCCACUGGGAGCUCUUCCGCUGCAUCCACGAGCUGGAAUUCGUGGACUACGUGUUCCACGGGGAGCGGGGCCGGCGGGAGACGGCCAACCUGGAGCUGCUGCUGCAGCGGUGCAGCGAGGUGCAGCACUGGGUGGGCACCGAGCUGCUGCUCUGCGAGUCGCUGGGCAAGCGCGCCCACCUCCUCAAGAAGCUCAUCAAGAUCGCCGCCAUAUGCAAGCAGAACCAGGACAUGCUCUCCUUCUACGCUGUCGUCAUCGGGCUCAACAACGCCGCCAUCAGCCGCCUGCGCCUCACCUGGGAGAAGCUCCCAGGGAAAUUCAAGAACCUGUUUCGGAAGUUUGAGAACCUGACGGACCCCUGCAGGAACCACAAGACUUACCGGGAGGUGCUGGCUAAGAUGAAACCCCCCCUCAUCCCCUUCGUGCCGCUCAUCCUCAAAGAUCUGACCUUCCUGCACGAAGGCAGCAAGACCCUCCUGGACGGGCUGGUCAACGUGGAGAAACUGCACUGCAUUGCCGAGAAAGUGAGGACCAUCCGGAAGUACCGGAGCCGCCCGCUCUGCCUGGAGCUGGAGGCCCCCCCCGGCCAGCUGCAGACCAAGGCCUACGUGCGGCAGCUGCGCGUCAUCGACAACCAGAACCUCCUCUUCGAGCUCUCCUACAAGCUGGAGCCCGGCAGCCAGUGA